AUGAUUGUGAGGAGCAUUGCCGCCCGCACUGGCUCCUGGGCACUCGCCCGUUGCCAGUCCCGCCCGUUGCGCCGCUUCCUCUCUACCGACAUCGCCGCCAUCGAGGCUUCGACCGACAACAGCCUGAAGCAGGUCCAGUCGCUCGAGGCCCAGCUCAACACCCACCUCCACCAGCCGCUGCGCUCAAUUGACCCCGAGUCCCCGCCCCGCGACCAUGUGGCCGCGCAGUACCACCUGUACAAGCAGCAAGCCAAGAUGCUGGGAAAGCUGGGAUCCGACAUUGCCCCGCACUACCGCCCACACACGCUGCUCAACCACCCGCCCUCGCCUGCCGACGUCACCCUCGAGCUGCUGCUCGCCUCCGAAGCCCAUCAAGGUCAUGUCACGUCGCUCUGGAACCCCGCAAAUGCCCGCUACAUACACGGCAUCAGGCAGGGCGUCCACAUCAUCUCGCUUGAAGUCACCGCCGCCCAUCUGCGUCGAUCCGCAAAGGUUGUCCAGGAAGUCGCCCGCCGGGGAGGCAUGAUACUGUUUGUGGGAACCCGUGAUGGCCAAGACAGGGCCGUUGCCAGGGCCGCCGAGCUGGCCAAGGGCUAUCAUUUGUUCGAGCGCUGGAUCCCUGGUAGCAUCACAAACGGCCAGCAGAUCCUCGGCAGGUGCAAGACAAAGGUCGUCAACGAGCUGGAUGAGGAGGUCAAGGGCUUUGACGAGCAACUCUACGACCGGCCCGCCCUUCGCCCGGAUCUUGUCGUGUGCUUGAACCCAUUGGAAAACUAUGUCCUGCUCCACGAAUGCGCCCUGAACAACAUCCCAACCAUUGGCGUCAUUGACACCAAUGCCGACCCCACUUGGGUUACCUACCCCAUCCCGGCCAACGACGACAGUCUGCGCUGCAUCCAAGUUAUCGCCGGUGUGCUAGGUCGGGCCGGAGAGGCUGGCCAAAAGCAACGUCUCGCCGCCGCUGCCGAGGGCAAAAUUACCUACCGUCCCGCACAGGGACUCACGCUAGCCGGAGCAGACGCCGACAGCGACAAGUCAGGUGCCUCGACUUUGCGAAUGGGCGAAGCCGCUCCCGGAGGGGAUGUCGCCGAAGCAGUCCAGAGCGGACUCGACAACGCAAAUGAAAUGGCUGUGCAAAUGGACGAGGUCAGCAGCCAUGAAAGCCACCGAACAAGGGGUGGCCGGGACAUCAAAGUCGUUUCGUAG